AAACUGUUUUUGGAGAAUCUACGGAAAGCCCUGACUGGUCACAGUGGAAGCAAACAGCUGACCGAAAGUGCAGCAAUUGCCUGCGUUAAACUCUGCAAAGCGUCCACGUACAUCAGCUGGGAGGAUCACUCCGUUAUCUUCCUGCUAGUGCAGUCCAUCGUCAUGGAUCUGAAGGGGUUGCUGUUUAACCCAGCUAAACCAUUUUCCAGAGGCGCAGGGAGCCAGAGUGCAGACUUGGACUUAAUGAUCGACUGUUUUGUCUCCUGUUUCAGAAUCAACCCGCAUAACAAUCAGCAAUUUAAG